AUGCGAGGCGAGCGUGUAACCACUACCCCACCAACGCAGGCAAAUGCUACAAAUCAACUCCACGAAGUCCUCAAUAUAUAUCACUUUUCAAGAGGCGCAAAGCGCAUUUACGAGAAAGCACACUACUCGCAUGUCUUCCCCAUCAGUAGUAUCACUGUUACACCAGGAAGGUUGACCGGCACACUGAGAAAUAUCCGAACGACUGAUCGACGAAAGCUGAGCCAAAUUUCAAAUUUAGCCGGGUGGCCGUCCAUACCUCUAACAUGUCGAUGUCACAAUAAUCAUUUCUUGGUUUUUAGCGUGUCACAGUCUCAGAUAUUGAGCUCAUCAUUAGUGCGUAUCCAACGUCUGUGCCGAGUUUUGAACUCCGCACAUCUGAAAUGCGAGGCGAUCUUGUUACCACCAAUCCGCCAGCGCCCUAAACGCUUUU